UCCAGUCGCCUUUCUCGCGCUCCUCACUCAGGCCGAGCGGUCUCAGCUGGCACAGCCGAACGUCGCCGGGGAGGCAUCCGGGCUUCGGGACGCCGCGCGCGUCCGGAGACAGCGCCUAGAGAGCGCACGCCGCCGGCGGGUUGCCUCCCACGGACCGAGCUGUCCCCGCGAGCGCCUGGCGUUCCCCGAGGGCGGGCUUGUCGGGGUGCGGAGCGGGGCCGAGACCCGCACUGAGUAGAUCUUGCACUCUGAGGGGACCCCAAGCUGAGGAAAUCCCACACCCUGAGGUCCCCGCGCGCUGAAGAAACUGGCGCGUUGAGGAGAGCCCUGGACGCAGAACCCCGGGCGCUGAGCGACUAGGCACCGACGAGACCCGGCGCUCCGAGGAGACCCCGCGCUGACCAGACACGGUGCGCCGCUUCUGUCUGGGCGCAGGGCCCUGCGGCGGGGUGUUACGUCCCGCCCCGCCCGCCCGGUCCCCCGUCGGAGCAGUUUCUCGAACUCGCCACUUCAGCCCGCACUGUCGCCAGAGACCAGCCUGCUCGAGGAAGGGCUGUCAUGAGCGAGGAGCGGGCCCGGAGGGUCCCGGUGGCGGAGAGGGGAGCGCGCUGUGGCGGUUGGUAGACUCGGGAUCCGGGGAGCAGCGCCUAGGCGGCUGGAGCGGCCGUGGCAGGUGGGCGAUGAGCCGGCGGCCGGGCGUGUGGUCUGCCUGGCCUCCUGGGCUGGCGCAGAAGCCAGAAAAAGAAGAGACCGAGGCAGGAAUGCGCAUCUGUUUUCUCAGCCAUGAGGGACUUUGACCACCUGACAGUGCUGUCUUCUCCCAGAUGGAAGAAGAAAAUAGUCCCAAGCGGGGAAGGCGAAAGCUCAGAGAACAGGACACCUUGACACACUAGGUGAGGAGUGCAGUGCCUGGCACUGUGAGAAUGGCAGGACGCCAGCAUCAUUAUCAUAUUACACUGUGGUGAGUUGCCAGCCGGCCGUGGGCGGUUUCCUAUGCUGCCAGCUACCCAUGGCUUCAUUUCACUCUGGAAAGUUUUUAUUUUCUCUUUUUUAAAAAAAUAAAAUGCUUUUCCUGUUAAAUAGAUCCGUGUGAAAGAAGUAAAUGCUGAAUUCCUGUUUUGACUAUAUCCCUAUUCUCAACGCAUUAUGGAAUCAGUGGAGGCAUUGAUAGUCCUUGAACUUUGAUUUUUUUGAAAGCAAAAGUGUGCCAUAGCAGACAUGCCUUUUAAGGGUUCCCGGUAUACCAGUUGCCCAUGCUUUGAGUGAGCUGAAUGUCAACUGGAUUUCAUGGCAUACAAGACUUAAAUGCCAUUUUAUCAAGAUCCUUAAUGUGUAUUUUAUAUUAGCCAGAUGGGAACCACGUUAGAUCCUGUGUUCAUCGUGUAUGCCUAAGGAAAGCUCUUCCCCAUGGAUCAUGGCGGUAAUGUUUACAGGACAUUUCCUAUUUUUAACAUUGGUGGUGUUUCCUUUCUCUACUUGUGAAGAGUCUGUGAGCAAUUACUCUGAAUGGGCAGUUUUCACAGAGGAUAUCGAACAGUUUAAGACACAGAAAGUCCAAGAUUUAAGACUCAACCAAAAACUUCAUCCAAGAUUAUAUUUUGAUGCUGGAGAAAUACAAGCAAUGAGACAAAGAUCUCGUACGAGCCAUUUGCAUCUUUUUAGAGCGAUUAGAAAUGCAGUGACCAUUAUGCUUUCUAACCCAACAUACUACCUACCUCCACCCAAGCAUGUGGAUUUUGCUGCCAAGUGGAAUGAAAUAUAUGGUAAUAAUCUUCCUCCUUUAGCACUGUAUUGUUUGUUAAGCCCAGAAGACAAAGUUGCCUUUGAAUUUGUCUUAGAAUAUAUGGACAGAAUGGUUGGCUACAAAGACUGGCUUGUUGAGAAUGCACCAGGGGAUGAGGUUCCAGUUGGCCAUUCCUUAACAGGUUUUGCUACUGCCUUUGACUUUUUAUAUAACCUAUUAGAUAAUCAUCGAAAACAAAAAUACCUGGAAAAGAUAUGGAUUGUCACUGAGGAAAUGUAUGAAUAUUCCAAGAUUCGCUCAUGGGGGAAACAACUUCUUCAUAAUCACCAAGCUACUAAUAUGAUAGCAUUACUCAUAGGGGCCUUGGUUACUGGAGUUGAUAAAGGAUCUAAAGCAAACAUAUGGAAACAGGUUGUAGUGGAUGUCAUGGAAAAGACAAUGUUUCUAUUGAAUCAUGUUGUUGAUGGCUCCUUAGAUGAAGGUGUGGCCUAUGGAAGCUACACAUCAAAAUCAGUCACACAGUAUGUUUUUUUGGCACAGCGACAUUUUAACAUCAACAAUUUAGAUAAUAACUGGUUAAAAAUGCACUUCUGGUUUUAUUAUGGUACCCUUUUGCCAGGUUAUCAAAGAACUGUGGGUAUAGCAGAUUCCAAUUAUAAUUGGUUUUAUGGUCCAGAGAGCCAGCUAGUUUUCUUGGAUAAGUUCAUCUUAAAGAAUGGAGCUGGAAAUUGGUUAGCUCAGCAAAUUAGAAAGCACCGACCUAAAGAUGGACCAAUGGUUCCUUCCACGGCCCAGAGGUGGAGUACACUUCACACUGAAUACAUCUGGUAUGAUCCAAAACUCACCCCACAGCCUCCUGUCGAAUAUGGUACUGCAAAAAUGCACACAUUUCCUAACUGGGGUGUUGUGACCUAUGGGGCUGGGCUGCCAAACACUCAGACCAAUACCUUUGUGUCUUUUAAAUCUGGAAAACUGGGGGGACGGGCUGUGUAUGAUAUAGUUCACUUUCAGCCAUAUUCCUGGAUUGAUGGAUGGAGAAGUUUUAAUCCAGGACAUGAACAUCCAGAUCAGAAUUCAUUUACUUUUGCCCCAAAUGGGCAAGUAUUUGUUUCUGAAGCUUUAUAUGGACCAAAAUUGAGCCACCUUAACAAUGUAUUGGUGUUUGCCCCUUCACCAUCCAGCCAGUGUAAUAAGCCUUGGGAAGGUCAACUGGGAGAAUGUGCACAGUGGCUCAAGUGGACUGGAGAAGAGGUUGGUGAUGCAGCUGGGGAAAUUAUUACUGCUUCCCAGCAUGGAGAAAUGAUGUUUGUGAGUGGGGAAGCAGUGUCUGCUUAUUCUUCAGCAAUGAGACUAAAAAGUGUGUAUCGUGCUUUACUUCUCUUAAAUUCUCAAACUCUGCUUGUUGUUGAUCACAUUGAAAGGCAAGAAGCUUCCCCAAUAAAUUCCGUCAGUGCCUUCUUUCAUAACUUGGAUAUUGAUUUUAAAUACAUCCCAUAUAGGUUUAUGAAUAGGUAUAAUGGCGCCAUGAUGGAUGUGUGGGAUGCACAUUAUAAAAUGUUCUGGUUUGAUCAUCACGGUAACAGUCCUGUGGCUAAUAUACAGGAAGCAGAGCAAGCUGCUGAAUUUAAGAAAAGGUGGACUCAGUUUGUUAAUGUUACAUUUCAGAUGGAAUCCACAAUCACAAGAAUUGCAUAUGUCUUUUAUGGUCCAUAUGUCAAUGUUUCCAGCUGCAGAUUUAUUGACAGUUCUGAUUCUGGACUUCAAAUUUCUCUCAAUGUCAAUAAUACAGAACACAUUGUUUCUGUUGUAACUGACUACCAAAACCUGAAGAACAGAUUCAAUUACCUAGGAUUUGGUGGCUUUGCCAACGUGGCCGAUCAAGGCCAAAUAACCCAAUUUGGUUUAGGCACUCAAGCAAUAGUAAAAUCUGUAAGACAUGAAAAAACAGUUUUCCCCUUUGGGUUUAAAUUUAAUAUAGCUGUUGGAUUCAUUUUGUGUAUUAGUUUGGUUAUUUUAACAUUUCAGUGGCGGUUUUACCUUUCUUUUAGAAAGCUAAUGCGUUAUAUACUAAUACUUGUUAUUGCCUUGUGGUUUAUUGAGCUUCUGGAUGUGUGGAGCACUUGCACUCAGCCCAUCUGUACAAAAUGGACAAGGACUGAAGUCAAGGAAAGGGAGAAAGCCGUGACUUCUGAAAGGCAUCUUGUGGAUCUUCCUGAUGUUGUCAUUACCUCACUUCCUGGUUCAGGGGCUGAAAUUCUCAAACAGCUUUUUUUCAACAGUAGUGAUUUUCUCUACAUCAGAGUUCCUACAGCCUACAUUGACAUUCCAGAAACUGAAUUUGAAAUUGACUCAUUUGUAGAUGCCUGUGAAUGGAAAGUAUCAGAUAUCCACAGUGGGCAUUUUCGUCUACUUCGAGGGUGGCUGCUAUCUUUGGUCCAGGACACAAAACUACACUUGCAAAACAUCCAUCUACAUGAACCCAACAGGGGUAAACUGACUCAAUAUUUUACAGCUAAUAAGGACAAAAAAAGAAAAUUGAAAAGGAGGGAGUCUUUACCAGAGCAAAGAAGUAGAAUGAAAGGAGCCUUUGAUAGAGAUGCUGAAUAUAUAAGGGCUUUGCGGCGACACCUGGACUAUUACCCAAGUGCCCGUACUGUGCUCAGUUUAAGUAGUGGUAGCUGGACUUUGAAGCUUCAUUUUUUUCAGGAAGUUUUAGGAACCUCAAUGAGGGCAUUGUACAUAGUAAGAGACCCUCGAGCUUGGAUCUAUUCAAUGCUAUAUAGUAGCAAACCCAGUCUUUACACCUUGAAGAAUGUACCGGAGCACUUAGCAAAAUUAUUUAAGAUAGAGGAAGGUAAAAGCAAAUGUAAUUUAAAUUCAGGCUAUGCUUUUGAGUAUGAAUCACUGAAGAAAGAAUUAGAAAAAUCCCAAUCCAGUGCUGUCUCCUUAUUGUCUCAUUUGUGGCUAGCAAAUACUGCAGCAGCCUUGAGAAUAAAUACAGAUUUGCUGCCUACCAGCUACCAUCUGGUCAAGUUUGAAGAUAUUGUUCAUUUUCCUCAGAAGACUACUGAAAGGAUUUUUGCCUUUCUUGGAAUUCCUUUGUCUCCUGCUAGUUUAAACCAAAUACUGUUUGCCACUUCCACCAACCUUUUUUACCUCCCUUAUGAAAGGGAAAUAUCGCCAACUAAUACUAAUAUUUGGAAGCAAAACCUGCCGAGAGAUGAAAUUAAAGUAAUUGAAAACAUCUGCUGGACAUUAAUGGAUCGUCUAGGAUAUCCAAAGUUUAUGGACUAAAUGCUGCAGGUCAGCAGAAAUUUGCACUAAUAUUUCCCAAUCCACUUUUUGAAUAUUAACUAGAAAAAAUUUGUUUAUUCUUGUACGUGUGUGUGUGAAGAGUGUGUUCAAUCUAUUACUUGCACAGAGAGAUUAUUUUAAAAACAACACCAUAUUUGGCCUAGCAGGAUUUACUUUUAUGUUACCACUUUCCUUGCCUUUGUUUCUGAAAGUUUUCUGCUAAAGUCUUUGUGCUACAGAGAUAUAGAUAAAAUUAUGUUAUGGGGGU